AAGUGGAGCAUAACGUACGCCAUAUUUGCGCAUAAAAUCAUCAGAAUGAAAAUAUUGCUGUCAUACCUGUUUAUUUUGUCAUGUAUGGAAUAAACUGUUUACAGUUCACUGUACCUACAUCAUUUUGGAGGCCAGUUUGAAGUUUCAAUACAGCGUUGAGUAACGUUCUGUUAUCAAAAUAUAAUGGAGAAACAUAUAGAUAUACAACAUAAAAAUAUUAAAAUUGAGACUGAUUACAUUCAACAAUUAGUAAGUAAUGAUGCUAGCAUUAAAAAUGAGAUGGAAGACAGCAAUGAAGAAGAAUUUACUGAUAUUGGAUACAAUAUUGACAAAACUAAACAUAAAAACACUAAUUUUAGGACUGUUAAUGUUAAAAAAGAAACCAAUACAAUAGUUAAAACUGAAAAAGAUGAAACAGUAUUUAACGAUUGUGUGUUUAAAAACGAAAUGGAAAUUGGAAUUGGAAUUCCAAGAAGUCUAAAUCAAAAAAAGGCUCAUAUAAUCAAUCCAAUAGAAAAUUGUAACAAUCCUAAUCCCACUGUUGGUGGACAGAUACACAAUCAUGAAAAGGAAUACCAGUGCAAAAUAUGUAAUAAGAAUUUUCAAGACAAAUACAAUUUAGAAGUUCACAUAUCACUUCAUGCAAAUAUCAAGAAGUUUAAUUGUAUUACUUGUGGCGAGCAGUUUUUUGAAUUGAAUGGUCUUAAAAGCCAUUUGAUAUCUCAUAUCGACAAUAAUAUAAAAUUGCUCGAAAAUCAAUUCAUUCAAGAAUGUAAUGAUGUUGGUGAUUGCAACAGUAAUUUAUGUAACAACAUUACUAUGCUUGAUGGAUUGAAGACAAGUCAUCCUGAAGGCGAAGAUCCAAUUCAAAAGAGGACAAUUAACAAAGUUCAGUUAGAGUUUUCAGUAGAAAUUGAAAAUAUUUUAUUAAUUAAAGAUUGUAGUAUCAAUUCAAAUUUAACUGUUGGAAAUGCGGUUGAUUCUUGUGUUCCAGUAAAUCGUAAACACAUUAGUUUGGAUGAAUCGAACACUGCUAGUUCAGUUGGUAAAAAUAAUAAAAUGUAUAAUUGCGCAAAAUGCAGUUCAUUAUUUCAUGAUCGUGCAAGUAUUAUAGAUCAUCUAAAACCUCAUAUCGAUCAAUGUAUCAACUGUUGCAAGUACAUCGGUAGUCUGACUUCUUCUAAAUAUCCUGUUAGCUCCCAUCCAGGAACACCAUUUUAUUUUGAAUGUGAAGAAUGUUACAAUGGAUUUUAUACACUCAAAAGCUUUGAGAAAUAUUUAAGUGCGCAGAGUAAUAAAAAAAAAGACAGACCAUACAAAUGUGAUGUUUGUCUAAAAACAUAUAUACAUUUAUAUCACUUUGCUGCUCAUCAACGAUUACAUAAAGGUGAGAGGCCAUAUCAGUGUAAUAUUUGUAAUAAAAGUUUUCACGCCAAAUUUAAUUUAGAAACUCACAUGUUUUCACAUCAAAUUAUCAAGAGACAUAAAUGCUUGUUGUGUUCAAAAAACUUCCUUAAGAUAAAGUUUUUCAAAAUACAUAUGUUAUCUCAUGACUCAUACAUACAUAAAUGUAACAAGUGUGGAAAAGAAUUUGGAUCGUUGAAUUCUUUGCAGAGACAUCAGGAUCUCCAUUCUGGAUACAGACCAUACAAAUGUAUUGAAUGUGGCAAGUCAUUUUCAAUGAAUAAAUCUCUCACACAACAUUUAAAAAGGCAUGAAGGUUUAAAACCAUAUCAAUGUACUCUAUGUGAUGAGAGUUGUAGCACUUAUUUUGAUUUUAGGUGCCAUAAAAGACUACACAAAGGUGAAAAGCCUUAUAAAUGUGAUAUCUGUGAAGAUCAGUUUACUCAAUUAACUGAUUGGAGUAGACAUAAAAAAACACAUUUUGAACAUAAAAAUUUUGAAUGCAACGAGUGUCAUAAAAAGUUUGCUAGUAAAACUGGUGUCAAAAAUCAUUUGCAAACGCACUUAGAAAAGAUUAAAAAACAUAAAUGCAAAGUUUGUAACAAAAAUUUCUCACAAAAUGCCCAUUUGUAUGAACAUGAAAAAAUUCAUAAUGACCUUAAACCAUAUGUUUGUAACAUUUGUAAAAAGAGUUUUAUUUCUCGUUAUAAUUAUACCAACCACUUAAAUCAACACACUGGUGCCAGACCAUUCGUGUGUGAUUUAUGCGGAAAAACGUAUCCAGCAAUUGUAUCUCUGAAAAGGCACAAAAAAACAAAUCAUACAUGUGAUAUUUGUAAUAAAUUCUACAGUGACCCCAAAGAACUCAAGGUUCAUAAGACUACUCACGAAGAAUUUAAACUGAGGCAGUAUGCGUGCACAUUGUGUGACAAAGCAUUUAGAAAUCAACCAGCUUUGGACAAACAUCAAUUAACUCAUCUAGUCGAAAAACCGUUCAAGUGCGACCUUUGUUCCAAGUCUUUUAUAAAUAUUACUGUUCUGGAAAUUCAUAGAAGAAAACAUACUGGCGAAAGGCCAUAUAAAUGCAAAUUAUGUCAUAAGACAUAUCCCCAAAUUAGUUCACUAACUCGACACAAAGCUAUUGUACACAAUAAAUAAUUAUCCAUACAUCUAAUAAGUAAUAAUAAAGAAGUAAAGAAUACAAUAUACAUUAAGUUAGGGCAUAGGUAUGAUUCUUAGUACCUAGACUAAAUGUAUACAUUCGUAUUGUUACAAAAUUAAUUAUUAAGUUUAGUCAGUAAGUUUUAGUAGACUAAAAUCAAUUUUAAAACAACUUAGAAAAAACUUAAGCUAUAAUAUAAUACAGAGAUAAGAGUGAAGAAAAUGGUGUUUUUCCGUAGAAGAAAGAAGUACUCAUGGUACAUGACAAUUAGCUAUGUGUUUUCUGUGACUUUAGUACCUUUCAAGUUAGUAUUUAUUUAGAAUAGAUUACAUAAAAUUAGUAUUUUUGUAGAUAUUACUUGAGUAAUACCUAAAAUAAAUCAAAUAUUUUGAGUUGAAUCUUAAAUGUUAACCUGGCGUUACUUGUUGUUAUGUGUAUCACACAUUUGAGAAGGAAUGGUUAAUAAAUUGUGAAAACUUUCUAGUUCUAAAUUAACUUUUCUGUAAGUGCUAAACCAUUAGAUGAAAUCUGUUUGUCUGUAUUUAAUAAUAAAGUAUGUACGGCACAAUAAUAAUUAUUCUAUUUCAUGUGUACAUUGAUAUAUAUUAUAUUAAUAAUAUUCAAUUUUAUACUAUUAUAAUUGCUCGUCAUGGGUUUUUUUU